AUGAAGGUAAGUAUUAUGAUUAUAAUAAUUUUAGUUAGCUGCAUCUGAAGCAUUCAAGAAACUAAAAUUGAAACAUUAUUAAUAGGCCAAAGUAACUACAACCAAAUUUUAUCAAACAAAGCCAUUUUUUUCAAUGCCUGAAUAAGUUGAAAAAGAAUCAGGUGUUUUAGCACCAAAAAGAGUUAAUUAAGUUGAUCUAUUUAAAAGAUAUACUUAUGAAGUAUUACCUGCACUUGAAUAAUCAGUAGAAUUGGAUUUGCUUGAAAAAGUAUUUCAAAAAGUAGAUCCUGUAGUAAGAGAAUCAAUUACAUAAGUAAAAUGCUACAUAAUCUAAUUAAUUAGGCUUACAUUAGAAAAUAAGUGGAAUAAUUAGCAUAACAACCAGAUCCAGCAUCAAUCAAAGAUCUAGAAGACAAUACUAAAAGUAAUAUGCCAAGAGAAAAAGCAAAAUUAUUUUUACAAAAUUGGUUGGAUUUGAAUCCUAUUUAAAUUGGAAAAUGGAUUCCCUUAAAUUAUGAGUUAUUUAAGAAAACAUUUAAAUUCUUAUCUCCAGGAGAUUUCUAAAAAAACUUAAUUGAAUUAUCCAAAAAUUUUUCACUUAUGAUGACAGAUGAAGGAUUUAAAACAAUUGAUUAUGUUGAUUCAAGUAAAAGAAUACCACAAAUAUUCAAUUAUAAAAAGUUAUCUAAAGAUAAUUUCAAAAAAGAAGGAUAUUUUAUUAUUAUGUUUAAUGUAUUGAAAGGAGAUUUUAAUGAUGAACUUAAGAAACAUAGAAAUAAUGAAUUAUUUUAAAGAAUAUUUGCAACAAGUGUUAAUUUUGAUGCCUUAUUGACUGUUAUAUUGAAUCAUUGGGAAUUAGUAUAAUAAUUAAGAACUCCAGAAUAAAGAAAAGAAUUCUUUAAAUCUCUUGUUGAUUAAUUAUUGGAAAAGAUUGAUAAAUAAUAACCUAAUGCAUCUAUGCCUGAACUAUUAUUUUCAACUGUAAAAACAUUACAAUUUAAAGAUUUUACUUUGGAUCUAACAUAAUAUGUAAAUAAUCCAUUUCCAGUUCCAAAAACAUUAAUUGAAAAUAGAUUUGGAGUAUUAAAUCAAUUAAUAAAUUAUAGGAAUAAUACUAUGGAUAUUCAAGUAAUUUACUUUUCUAUGGAGAUCAUGGUGCUGGUAAAUCUGGUGUAUUAAUGUAAGCAAUUAUGUAUGCAUAAUAAACUGGAUGGAUAGUUGCAGUUGUUCCAUCUGGAUAUAAGUAUUAAAUAAAUUAAUAGUAUUUUAGUUGGACUUCAUUAAAAUAUGAAGCUAAAAGACAUCCUAAAACUGGAUUAUAUAUGUAACCAAAAGCAGCUUAAGAAUGGUUAGAAUAAUUUAAAGAAGCUAAUCAAGAACAUUUAAAAACCUUUUAAGUAGAUUUAAGUCUUUAUGGUAAAUUCAAUUUAAGUGGUGUUCAUGAUAAUGAUCCUGAUCCUUGUCCCAAUUUAUAUGAUGAAAGAAGAUAAUAUCAUUUCAAAGAUUUUGAGAAAUUUAUAACUAAAGAAGAAAGAGAUUUUGAAGAAGCCCAAGAUUAAAUUAUGUCUGCAAGAAUUACAUUGAAAAUUCCAAAACCUUAAUACUUAUAAGAGAUUAUUGAUUAUGGUAUUUCAAAUGCUCAUUAUGCAACUAAUGCUGUUUAUGAAGUAAUGGAAUAAUUAUAUAAUACUGAAAAAUAUAAAGUAUUAGUAGCUGUUGAUGGUAUUAAUUGGUUUUAUAGACCAUCACAAUUACCAUCAUUUCGUUAUGAAUCUGAUAAAGAUUUAAGGGUAAUUAUAUUUUAUUCAUUAUUUUAAGGGACAUGUACCACCAUAUCAUAUGUCAUUACCUAGAUUAUUUAUGCAUUUUGAUGGUCAUAAAAUAAAAAAUGGUACUAAAAUAACUGCAUCUUCUAUUUACAAAUUAUUUUAACAUGAUUUUUAACCUAAACAUGUNAAAAGGAGAUUUUAAUGAUGAACUUAAGAAACAUAGAAAUAAUGAAUUAUUUUAAAGAAUAUUUGCAACAAGUGUUAAUUUUGAUGCCUUAUUGACUGUUAUAUUGAAUCAUUGGGAAUUAGUAUAAUAAUUAAGAACUCCAGAAUAAAGAAAAGAAUUCUUUAAAUCUCUUGUUGAUUAAUUAUUGGAAAAGAUUGAUAAAUAAUAACCUAAUGCAUCUAUGCCUGAACUAUUAUUUUCAACUGUAAAAACAUUACAAUUUAAAGAUUUUACUUUGGAUCUAACAUAAUAUGUAAAUAAUCCAUUUCCAGUUCCAAAAACAUUAAUUGAAAAUAGAUUUGGAGUAUUAAAUCAAUUAAUAAAUUAUAGGAAUAAUACUAUGGAUAUUCAAGUAAUUUACUUUUCUAUGGAGAUCAUGGUGCUGGUAAAUCUGGUGUAUUAAUGUAAGCAAUUAUGUAUGCAUAAUAAACUGGAUGGAUAGUUGCAGUUGUUCCAUCUGGAUAUAAGUAUUAAAUAAAUUAAUAGUAUUUUAGUUGGACUUCAUUAAAAUAUGAAGCUAAAAGACAUCCUAAAACUGGAUUAUAUAUGUAACCAAAAGCAGCUUAAGAAUGGUUAGAAUAAUUUAAAGAAGCUAAUCAAGAACAUUUAAAAACCUUUUAAGUAGAUUUAAGUCUUUAUGGUAAAUUCAAUUUAAGUGGUGUUCAUGAUAAUGAUCCUGAUCCUUGUCCCAAUUUAUAUGAUGAAAGAAGAUAAUAUCAUUUCAAAGAUUUUGAGAAAUUUAUAACUAAAGAAGAAAGAGAUUUUGAAGAAGCCCAAGAUUAAAUUAUGUCUGCAAGAAUUACAUUGAAAAUUCCAAAACCUUAAUACUUAUAAGAGAUUAUUGAUUAUGGUAUUUCAAAUGCUCAUUAUGCAACUAAUGCUGUUUAUGAAGUAAUGGAAUAAUUAUAUAAUACUGAAAAAUAUAAAGUAUUAGUAGCUGUUGAUGGUAUUAAUUGGUUUUAUAGACCAUCACAAUUACCAUCAUUUCGUUAUGAAUCUGAUAAAGAUUUAAGGGUAAUUAUAUUUUAUUCAUUAUUUUAAGGGACAUGUACCACCAUAUCAUAUGUCAUUACCUAGAUUAUUUAUGCAUUUUGAUGGUCAUAAAAUAAAAAAUGGUACUAAAAUAACUGNAAAAGGAGAUUUUAAUGAUGAACUUAAGAAACAUAGAAAUAAUGAAUUAUUUUAAAGAAUAUUUGCAACAAGUGUUAAUUUUGAUGCCUUAUUGACUGUUAUAUUGAAUCAUUGGGAAUUAGUAUAAUAAUUAAGAACUCCAGAAUAAAGAAAAGAAUUCUUUAAAUCUCUUGUUGAUUAAUUAUUGGAAAAGAUUGAUAAAUAAUAACCUAAUGCAUCUAUGCCUGAACUAUUAUUUUCAACUGUAAAAACAUUACAAUUUAAAGAUUUUACUUUGGAUCUAACAUAAUAUGUAAAUAAUCCAUUUCCAGUUCCAAAAACAUUAAUUGAAAAUAGAUUUGGAGUAUUAAAUCAAUUAAUAAAUUAUAGGAAUAAUACUAUGGAUAUUCAAGUAAUUUACUUUUCUAUGGAGAUCAUGGUGCUGGUAAAUCUGGUGUAUUAAUGUAAGCAAUUAUGUAUGCAUAAUAAACUGGAUGGAUAGUUGCAGUUGUUCCAUCUGGAUAUAAGUAUUAAAUAAAUUAAUAGUAUUUUAGUUGGACUUCAUUAAAAUAUGAAUCUAAAAGACAUCCUAAAACUGGAUUAUAUAUGUAACCAAAAGCAGCUUAAGAAUGGUUAGAAUAAUUUAAAGAAGCUAAUCAAGAACAUUUAAAAACCUUUUAAGUAGAUUUAAGUCUUUAUGGUAAAUUCAAUUUAAGUGGUGUUCAUGAUAAUGAUCCUGAUCCUUGUCCCAAUUUAUAUGAUGAAAGAAGAUAAUAUCAUUUCAAAGAUUUUGAGAAAUUUAUAACUAAAGAAGAAAGAGAUUUUGAAGAAGCCCAAGAUUAAAUUAUGUCUGCUAGAAUUACAUUGAAAAUUCCAAAACCUUAAUACUUAUAAGAGAUUAUUGAUUAUGGUAUUUCAAAUGCUCAUUAUGCAACUAAUGCUGUUUAUGAAGUAAUGGAAUAAUUAUAUAAUACUGAAAAAUAUAAAGUAUUAGUAGCUGUUGAUGGUAUUAAUUGGUUUUAUAGACCAUCACAAUUACCAUCAUUUCGUUAUGAAUCUGAUAAAGAUUUAAGGGUAAUUAUAUUUUAUUAAUUAUUUUAAGGGACAUGUACCACCAUAUCAUAUGUCAUUACCUAGAUUAUUUAUGCAUUUUGAUGGUCAUAAAAUAAAAAAUGGUACUAAAAUAACUGCUUCAUCCAUUUAUAAAUUAUUUUAACAUGAUUUUUAACCUAAACAUGUACUCUUACCAUAAAAAUAUGGUAUAAAAUUAAAUGGAGCACCUUUGGAUAUGUUUAGAUCAUUCUGUGAAUAUGGAAUUCAAACAGGAAUGUGGAAAUGUGAUGAGUUUUCUUAAACUACUAUUGAAUAAUUUUGGAUGGAAACUUAAGGUAAUUAUUUUGAAGCAAUUAAAUGUAUGAAAGUUCAUUGGAGAGAUAUAUGA